AAUAAACAUUAAAAGUUAAAAAAAAAGAAGAAAGAAAAUGAGGGCUGAAGAUGACGUUCCACUGGUAGAGUCUGAAAUAGCUGGUGGAAAAGAGGGGGAAGCAGGUUGGUUCUAGGGGUUCAGGACUGGCCAAAUAUCCAGUUCCUGACAGGCUGAUCCAGGCUUUUUGCCUUCUGGGGACUUGACAGUGACAUAUUCAGGUGUGUGACCUGGGGGCUCCCUUCCAACUGAUUCCCCUCCCGAGCUCUGUAGAGCAACCAGGCUCCUCAUCCCUUCUCUCCCCCAAGGCCAGCCUCUUGCCCUACAUCAUUUUUCCCCCACCUGACUUUUUGAAGAAGGUGACCCAGACACAGGCCCCGUCUUCCCUUCAGUUUUGUUUUCUGGAGGAGACCUGAUUCAUCCAUCUAUUAUUCAUUGCUGAGUAAGAGACUUCCUUCUUCCUCCUCUCAUCCUAGCAAGAAAAAAUAGGGUUCGUGCUAGCGCUGACACCUCAGUUUGGUGGUAUUCCUGGGUGGUUUCUAGGAGGGGUGCCUGGCCUAGGAGUCAUGUGAGAGAGGGGCUCGCAACUUGCACUGUGGGACCUCCUCCCCCAGAUAGGAGUAUGCUUCUUCUCCAACAGUCCAAGGUCAGGAGUCUGAUGCUGCUCUUUUCUUCUAUACGUAUCAUAGUUGACUAGUGUAGGGUUCUGGGCUACCUUGGUUGCUCAAUAGCCAUUGGCUAACUGGAGACUAUUUGGUUGCCACUAUUUACCUGGGCUUGGAUGGUGACAUUUCUGUGGUCGUGUUGUGCAAAUCUGGAGAGAGGAUGUGUAAACAGGACAAGGCUGCUUUCCCAAAGGCCAGAGCCCAGAAAUAGUUCCUUGUGCCUCUGACCUAUUCCCCGCCCCCACGACCAAAAGCUACUGAGCAACUGGACAGAUAGUUAAAUAUAACCACAAGUAGUAACAUCGUGAUGGAGAUGAAUUUCCUGGUGACAACAAAUUGCAAUCUUCUACCUGGAGCAAGGACAGAACUGACCUCCAGCGCUUCAUCUUCUGGGGAUUUGGGAGGAGGCCUGCGAGCAGAAUGAACUAUGCCUUCCCUCCAUGGGGCAGUCCUUUCCCCAAGCCGGGUUGACUUGGCCUUAUAACUCUGAUGCUGGCAUGAUAGCAACGUGGAGCUCUUUCACCCAGCCUGGCCCUGCAAAGGAGUGCCGGCACAGCUCCGUCAAGGCUGAUGAAGCUGCCAGCACAGCCCCCUUCCACCUCGACCUCUGGUUCUACUUCACACUACAGAACUGGGUUCUGGACUUUGGCCGCCCCAUUGCCAUGCUGGUGUUCCCUCUCGAAUGGUUUCCGCUCAACAAGCCCAGCGUGGGGGACUACUUCCACAUGGCCUACAACAUCAUCACGCCCUUCCUCCUGCUCAAGCUCAUCGAGCGGUCCCCCCGCACCCUGCCGCGCUCCAUGAUCUACGUCAGCAUCAUCACCUUUGUCAUGGGUGCCAGCAUCCACCUGGUGGGCGACUCCGUGAACCACCGCUUGCUCUUCAGCGGCUACCAGCACCACCUGUCUGUCCGUGAGAACCCCAUCAUCAAGAAUCUCAAGCCGGAGACACUGAUCGACUCCUUUGAGCUGCUCUACUACUACGACGAGUACCUGGGCCACUCCAUGUGGUACGUCCCCUUCUUCCUCAUCCUCUUCAUGUACUUCAGCGGUUGCUUCACCCCCACCAAAGCCCAGAGUUCAGCCCCAGGGGCGGCCCUGCUCCUCGUGGUGCCCAGCGGCCUGUACUACUGGUACCUGGUCACCGAGGGCCAGAUCUUCAUCCUCUUCAUCUUCACCUUCUUCGCCAUGCUGGCCCUUGUCCUGCACCAGAAGCGUAAGCGCCUCUUCCUGGACAGCAACGGGCUCUUCCUCUUCUGCUCCUUUGCGCUCACCCUCCUGCUGGUGGCCCUGUGGGUCGCCUGGCUGUGGAAUGACCCCGUCCUCAGGAAGAAGUACCCUGGCGUCAUCUACGUCCCCGAGCCCUGGGCCUUCUACACCCUCCACGUCAGCAGCCGACACUGAGUCCCUGGCACCAGCCACCGGUGCU